AUCUGAAUCGACCUUCACUCAUGGGCAAGCGGAAGAAAUCCAGUAGGAAACCAGGCGCAGGACGCAAAAAGAAAGAGCCGCUAGAUACCGCCUUUGACUGCUUGUUUUGCCACCACUCCAAGUCGAUAUCCUGUAAAUUGGAUCACAAAGACAAUGUGGGCCAUCUGAGCUGCAAGGUCUGUGGGGUGUCAUUCCAGACAAAUAUCCACCACCUGUCUGCGCCGGUCGAUGUCUACAGUGACUGGAUCGAUGCCGCUAAUGAUGUCCAAGGGCAGGCCUCACGUCUCUCUGACGAAGACUAG